AUGUUGACUAUAGUUGAGACCAAACAAGGAACGGAUACAAAGCGUGAUGGCUUCAAAAAUGAACCUUUGCAAUAUGUAAGCAGACUGUCGAGCUCGUCUCUGAGUUCGGCUUUCAUGCCAUUUCGUGCUCCAGGGAGCUCACGUGUUGCAUUUCGCACAACUCGCACGGUGCUGGAGGACAUUUUCUUUACCUAUACCGGAUGUCCUACAACAAAAGAUUUUUUUUUGCUUCAGGAAGAUGGAAUGGAGCUUCAACGUCGUAUCAAACAGGGAUGGAAUAUCCCGAAUAUGGCUCUGGUGCCGGUUGUUCCAGAGCGGCUUUUGGCGUGGCAUACAAGUAUCACUAACAAGCGUCAACUAAUCCAUGAAGAUACUUUGUGUGAUACCCUUUUAAAUUUCACCACACAAUGCUACCCAAAGAACACGUUCGCACGCGACGAGAAGGACCAACGACUUCUGCUAUCCCUUCUUCUUCCACCCUUGGAGGGACUUCCGGUGCCGACGCGGUGCAACGUUGAGGCAACAAAUGUAAUACGUGACUUAGUGGGCGAGCAUCUGCGUCACCUCCUAGGCCUGGUGGAUGCUGUGCUGAACUUCAAGGGGCGCUGGGGACGACUAGAUGAACGUGAGCGUAGUCGCCUUCAUGGUGUAAUGAAAGGGGUGACGACCACACGUGUAAACGGCCUCGCCGCCCUGCAGAAAGGCUUUGUCGAGCUAAACUUCAGCAAACUAGACCUAUGUGCUGUAAGUGCAGAGAUAGUAAACUACACCGAGGUGCGCGUUCUUCAGCUGAGUAACAACAGAGGCCUCAGGCACCUGCCAGUAGUGCCGCCUGCCUGCCAGACGGUGCUGGCCAGUGCAUGCAGCCUCGAAACGAUCGCCUCCGUGCCGAGGCUGGCCGGGCCCUCUGCAGAGCCGAUUUUUUCACGGGUGCUCGUGAUGGGACUUUCCUACAAUUGUCUAACAAGUCUUUCAUUCGUACGCUGUUUUCCUUCUCUACGUGUGCUAGAUAUUACGGGGAACCGAUUAGCCUCCCUCGACGACGUUGUGGCAUCCUUACAAGAGCACACAGCUUUGGUGGACAUCUACCUCGCAGAGAACCCUGUCUCGCUUCUCGAUGGAUACCGUCAUUUCGUAGUAAAAGCCUGUCAGAGACUAAUGCAGUUGGAUGGACAGCGCAUACGUUCAGAGGAAAGAACACGUAAAGCAUCGCUACCUGCAGAUGUUAUCGCCGCGGCCAUUCAACCUUCUGUAAAGCAACGCCCAUCCCCCAAAAAAGGUAAAAAGUGUUCCAAUGCAUUUGUUGCCCUUUCUCCCUUGCACUCUUCGCUCUUGGCUCGUAGUCAAUCUGAUGCUGUCCCUAACACAGUGUUUGUCUCGGCCCAAAUCGUCGCCCUUCGUCAGAUAUCUUCGCUAUCGCAUACCCCCUUGACUGUCACAUCCAUGGAUGAGCUGCUUCCUACCCAUUCGGACGUGUGGCAACAGGUGGCCAGUGUGGUGCCAUGUUUCGAUCCCUCCUCGACCCGCGAUCCCUCUCAGGGGGAUCAUCAUACCCUGGCGGAGCUCUGGGCUUUGCACAGCCUGGCCCUCUGCCCGGGGAGUUCCAAGUCGGUGCAUCACGCCGUGCCGCUCUACACUCAUACGUCCUCCCUUAGCCUAAAGGGUGGCUGGGGGCCUAUAGUCGAUCCCAAUAAUAAUGCUGAAUAUCACGUGCCCAUUGUAUUGACAGACGUUGCGCUGACAACAAACUUUCCGACAAGUGGCUCCACGUCUCGGGGCGCAGGUUCAGAUCGCUCUGGUUGCAAAAUGUCUCCUUCGGUUACAAACAUGGCUCAAAUGCGCAAAAUGGAAGGCCAUGCGGCGACGAGUGGUAGCGCGGUAACAAGGGGCAAAGGGCCCGUCCCGAUGCUAGCAAAGGAGAACGGAGAUGUCUACCGUCCCCCACCAUAUUGUGCCACCUUUACACGGGAUAUUCCCAUCAGCGAAGAAUUGUCGGAGCACCUGGCAAGGGCGAUCCGGCUUCAUGUAGAAGUCCACGACACCAUUGAGCUAUCGAUUGUAAAUGGAAUACGUACUCUAGGUCGGGGAAGUAGACGAGAGAGUGCCAGUAGAACUUCACUGGAACUCCAAGGAAGUCGUCGGCAGAACUUGGACAACCUCAAAACCUCGGCUAUACAUGGGGCACAUGUCGAGCCUAGCAUAGAGCAGUCGAAGGAUAGGGUUGAAACACGUGUAUAUCAACUCGGGGACAUCUUUUUGCAGCCCAGACCCUUGCUAGCGUUACCUUCAACGUCGUUUUACUGCUCUCAGUUGAUGUUGACGGGUAGGCUGCUGUUGAGCGAGGCGGACCGGCAGGCUGAACUCAAAUCUUUGCGGGAAGACCAGGAUGCGCUGCGCAAGGCCUUGGAAGCCUAUGCUCGUGCGGCCGAAGCGUCAUCCAUCGCAUCGCCGGAAACAUCCGAUUUGAUGGACAGAGACAACUUGAACCGGUCAGAAUUGUCUAUGCAGAAUCCUCAGUACUUGGUGGUAUCCCCUUCUAGUAGCCGUCAAAGUCAUCAUAAUAAGAUUAGCUUCCCCAAUCAUGCUUCCCAUUCUGGGAUGGCGGGAUACCUACAGCGGGUUUUACUUUGUGGCGCUCGAGUCGUGGCUCAGAUAACUCGUCUACAGGAGUUGUACAAGGCGGCGAAUAACCUAGAGGUGGAGGUGAAGCUGUGCCUCGGACGUGGCCCUAUCAACCCAUCUCUGCAGGAGGUCGCCCCGCGCAAAGCUAAAGGCACCAACAAGCACAGUGGCCGCUCGAAAUAG